UAGUUUGUUAUCAUGGCAGUUGGUCGUUUAGUCGAAAGUCUUUGGGUAAAUUUGAUAUUGCCACAAAUAUGGAUCCCUUUCUCUGCACUCAUCUUAUAUACGCCUUCUAUGGAAUUACAAAUUCUGGUGAACUCAAAAUAAGAAAUCCCCACCUCGACUUGGAAGAAAAUAAUGGUCUAGGAAAUUUACGCAAAUUUAAUGAUCUAAAACUAAAGAAUCCCUCGUUAAAAACUCUACUGUCUGUUGGUGGCUGGAAUGAAGGAUCAACCAAUUUUUCCAUAGUAGCUGCAGAUCCACUUAAGAGAGAAAAAUUUCGAAAUUCUGCUAUAGAUUUUCUACAAAGGCAUAAUUUUAAUGGUCUGGACAUAGAUUGGGAAUAUCCGAAUCAGCGUCAUAAAUUAGAGAAUAAUGAUCGUGAAAACUUUAUCAUGUGGUUAAAGGAGUUAAAGGAAGGAUUUAAACCUUAUGGAUUGCUUUUAACGGCUGCUGUGAAAGCUGUAGGUUAUGGGGCAGAUAAAUCUUACAACAUUACCGAAAUGGUUAAAUAUUUGGAUUUCAUGAAUGUAAUGACAUAUGCUCUGAAUGGUGUGUGGAGUCCGGGAGUGGGUAUCAACGCUCCAUUAUAUGCUGGUCCUUCUGAUCUAACAGAACGUGCCAAGCAGCGUAAUUUUGAUGCCAUAGCGAAGUAUUGGAUUCAAAAAGCACCUCGUGAUAAAAUAGUUAUGGGUGUACCUUUUUAUGGCCGUUCGUUUAUUUUGGCAAAUCCUAAUAAUCAUAGCCUUGGAGCUCCCCAUACUGGAGCGGGCAUUGGUGGUCCCUACACUAAACAAUCCGGCAUACUAGGCUAUAACGAAUUGUGUGAAAAAUUUCUUAUGGAGAAGUCUCUUUGGCACUUGGAAUGGGAGUCAAAUCAAAUGGUGCCAUAUGCUUAUAACGAUCAGCAGUGGAUCGGUUAUGAUAAUAAAAGAAGUGUUGCUUUGAAAGUGGAUUAUGUGAAUAAAGAAAAUUUAGGUGGUAUAAUGAUAUGGACUGUAGAAUUAGAUGAUUUUCGCGGUGUAUGCAGUACAACACGUUUUCCAUUAUUAACAAUUAUCAAUGAAGGAUUAUUUGGAAAAGAAAGUAAAAAUUUAACAAUUGCUAAAAAAAUAAUGUUUAUAAAGUAUAUAUUAUUUACAAUAUUCAUAUUAUUGCCAUUGCAAUCAAUUAAAGAAGUGGCUGACGAUAAAAAAUAUAUAGUUUGCUAUCAUGGAUCCUGGUCAUAUUAUCGAAACUCUAAGGGACAAUUUGACAUUACCACAGCUUUAGAUCCAGCUUUAUGCACCCAUCUUAACUAUGGCUUUAUUGGCAUUGACGAAACCGGCCACUUGCACAUUAAAGAUCGCAACUUAGAUUUAUCCAGCAAUAAGGGUAGAGGAAACUUACGAAUAUUUAAUGAUUUAAAAUUGAAAAAUCCCCAGGUGAAAACAUUGUUAAGUGUUGGAGGUUCUCAAAGUUCUAGAAAUUUCUCUACAACAGCUGCAGAUCCUGAGAAAAUAUCCACAUUCGUAGAGUCAGCUUUACAUUAUAUAAAACGAUAUGGUUUUGAUGGUUUAGAUUUGGAUUGGGAAUAUCCCAAUCAAUAUCAUUCAAUAAAAAAUAAUAAUGAUCGUGAGAAUCUGGUGACUUUAUUGCAGCACUUAAAAGAAGGAUUUGAACCUUAUGGUUAUUUGUUAACUGCCGCUAUUGGUCCAGCUGAAUAUUCACCUCAAUUGUCUUAUAACAUAUCGGAAAUGGUUAAAUAUUUGGAUUUUAUAAAUGUUAUGGCCUAUGAUCUUCAUGGUCCUUGGGAAAGUGAGAUUGGCCAUAAUGCACCUCUAUACGCGGGAUCUUUGGACACUACAGAACGUGCUAAACAGCACAGUUUUGAUGGUUUAGCCAAGUACUGGUUAAGUCAAGGAACACCACGCAAUAAACUUGUUAUGGGCAUACCCUUUUAUGCUCGCUCUUAUACUGUAAAAGAUUCUGGAAAUCACAGCACUGGAGCACCACACAUUGGUCGUGGCAUUGGUGGUCAAUACACCAAAGAAGCUGGCAUUCUUGGUUAUAAUGAAAUGUGUGAAAUGUUCAACCAGGAAAAAUAUAAUUGGCAUUUUGAAUGGGAUUCCAUUCAAAAGGUUCCCUUCGCCUACAACAAUAGCCAAUGGAUUAGUUAUGAUAAUGAAACAAGUAUUGCCCUAAAAGUGGACUAUGUUAAAAACGAAACUUUAGGCGGGAUUAUGAUAUGGACUAUAGAACUGGAUGACUUUCGGGGUGUAUGCGGUUCGAAACUGACAUUUAUAAAUGAACGUUUGGCGGCAGUAACAUAAUUGAAAUGGGAAAUUGGGUUUACUGCUUAUUUAAAUGCAAUUUACUAGGUAAACAUAAAUAUUACUAUUAUUAUUGUCUAAUACUUGUGACCUAUAAUGUUUCCGCUAAAUAACCCAUUAAACAUCUUAGAUUUUAUUAGACCCACUGUUGGAAUAGUAAUAAAAAUGACGACUUUUCUUAAUGUUUUUUAUUAAAUUAAAAAUAUUUAAUUAUUAUAAUACAUAUGGGCAUUUCCUCGGUUCCUAACGCGAAAUAAAAACAAUAAAGAAAUUUUAAAUUUUUUAUCUUAUUUACAAUUUUCUAUAGCAUAUUUGUAGCACUAUAUUUAGAGCAAAAUAUAGAUUUUGUCGAAAAAUAUAACUAGUUUUAGACUGCUUCUAUGAAAAUAAAAAAAUUCUUGC